AUGAAGUCAAGGCAUCGAACCUCUCGUAGAGGAAUGGCUAAUAUAAGAGAAGAUUUGAAAAAAGAACGAAAUAUUCAAAAUCCAGAGAGGUAUCAAGUUUGGCUUAGAUCGCGUGAAAAAAAUAAAGUUCUUGUGACAGAGCUAGACCGACAAAUUGCCGAAAAGAUAGAGGACGUCAAAGAAAAAGUGAUUCGUGGCGAAAUUACAGCUCAGGGUCGAGAUGACAUCUUGACUCAAGCAUUAGGGACACCAGAACACCCAGGUCGUGUUCGAGCUGGCGGGUUCACUGCGACCGUUUCCAUAAUGUUUGGAAAAAAACAUAAAACAAUGACUGCAAGAGAGGAGAUUGCUCGACUAAAAGCUGAGAUUGAAGAGCUAAAAAGACAUAAAUUUAGCACAGAAGAGGAAUUAGCUCAAAAUGAAGAAUAUAAUGAGGAAAACGAUGAGUGUGGAUACAACGAUGAAGGGCAAUUUGAUGAGGGACAAUAUUAUGAGAAUACAAGUGAUGAAGUCUAUCGACCUGCCCCCAACGCAGAUGAUCAUUUUCAUCAAACCGAAGACUAUCCUUUUGAUGAAGAUGAUGGAUCAUCAAUUUAUGAGUCUCCGCCACCACCGACCUAUGAAGUUUAUUUGUGUUAUGAUAAUAUUGACAAUGUGGUGGCUAAAGGUGUACUCAUUGUACCAAACAUGGGUAGCCAAAUUACCGUCCAUGGAAAUGUACUUGAUGAUUCAGUUGCGAGGGUUUGGCUUAUAGAUGUCUUACAAGAAGAAGCUGAGAUCCCUAUUCCCUUUGGUAACGUACGAUAUGUUGGGGACGCACGAGACACAUUCUUGCCUUGGCCUAAAAAUUUAAUUGUGGCUUGUUAG